CACCAAUCUUACAAUAAUUUUUACUCAAAAACAUUAAUUUACAGAAGAAGUAGAUAGGAACCCCUCCACUCUCCAGCUAGCAUUCUCUGCUAAAAUGACACCCUCUUGCAGAGACGCUCUAAGGUUCAUCUUCCUCUUAUGGUCAUUUUAGCCUUUUAGGGUAAUUAGUAGGGAAGGAUGAAUCAGCGCCAGUGACCAAUUUCGUUACAAAUAAGAAAAGAAGGAAACAAAAUCAGAAGCAACAUCGUUAACAGCUCAUCUCCUGCGUGCUGUAGAAAAGGAGGGCGAAGGGGACCCAUGACGGCCAGACCUAGGAGGAGUUGACUUGCACGCGGAAUAACUUCCAGCUUCUGGGUCUGAUUCUUUGAUUCUGGAGAAAGAGGCUCUGCAAUAUAAUAAGGCAGGGAGUAGGCAGGCACUUUUUGCUUCUGUAUCUAAGGGCUAAAGCGAUCACUAAUGGCUGAGAUGGCCACAGAAGAGGAAGAAUUUCUCACCAAAGACGGAACUGUGGAUUAUGAAGGGAAUCCUGCUGAUAAGAGGAAGACAGGAACCUGGAAGGCCUGCCCCUACAUCAUAGGAAAUGAAUGCUGCGAGAGAUUGGCUUACUAUGGCAUGAGCUCCAACCUCGUGCUUUACUUCAAGAACAGGCUCAACCAAAGCAGCGCCACUGCUACCAAAAACAACUCAGACUGGAGUGGAACGUGCUACAUCACACCCCUUCUUGGAGCAUUUCUGGCCGAUGCUUAUCUCGGUAGAUACUGGACCAUUGCUGGCUUCUCAAUCAUCUAUGUCUUUGGGAUGACACUUCUGACUAUGUCAGCAUCAAUGCCUGGCCUGAGACCAGCAUGUACUGCAGAGGACAAGUGCCAAUCCACUGAUGGCCAGAGCGCGGUUUUCUUUGUAGCUCUCUACAUGAUAGCUCUAGGGACGGGAGGGAUCAAGCCUUGUGUGUCUUCCUACGGGGCUGACCAGUUUGAUGAUGCUGACCCGGUUGAGAAGGAGCACAAGGCUUCUUUCUUCAACUGGUUCUACUUUUCCAUCAACGUUGGUGCCUUGAUUGCUAGCUCUGUGCUGGUUUGGGUCCAGGACAAUGUGAGCUGGGGAUGGGGUCUUGGGAUUCCAGCCAUAGCCAUGGCGAUUGCUGUUGUUAGCUUCUUUACAGGUACACGGAAGUAUAGAUAUCAGAAACCUGGAGGCAGCCCUCUAACACGAAUCUGUCAGGUGAUGGUGGCCUCCUUCAGAAAGUACAGAGUUAAUGUCCCCGAUGACAAAUCCCUUCUCUAUGAGAAUGCCGAUUCUGAAUCCAAUAUUGCUGGCAGCCGCAAACUUGACCAUACCAAAGACUUCAGGGACAAGGCAGCUGUGGAGACAGAGAAAGACCAGAUAAAGGAGUCUACAGUCGACCCAUGGAGGCUCUGCACAGUAACCCAAGUGGAGGAAUUCAAAGCAAUUAUCCGCCUGCUCCCCAUAUGGGCGACUGGGAUAGUGUUUGCAGCAGUGUACAGCCAAAUGAGCAACCUCUUUAUCCUCCAAGGAGACACAAUGGACAAGCGAGUUGGCCACUCCAAGUUCAAGAUCUCGGCAGCAAACGUCUCAGUGUUCGACACACUCAGCGUCAUCUUCUGGGUCCCCAUCUACGACAGGAUCAUCGUCCCGGCUGUCAGGAAAUUCACAGGCCACAAAAAUGGGUUCACCCAGCUCCAACGGAUGGGAAUCGGGCUCGUCAUCUCCAUCUUCGCCAUGGUCUACCCGGCAAUCCUGGAGCUCAUAAGGCUGCGGAUGGUGAGGGAGCACAACUACUAUGAGCUCGACUCUGUCCCCAUCUCCAUAUUCUGGCAGGUCCCGCAGUAUUUCCUGAUCGGGUGUGCUGAAGUGUUCACCUUCAUCGGGCAGCUGGAGUUCUUCUACGAUCAGGCGCCUGAUGCAAUGAGGAGCUUGUGCUCGGCUCUUUCCUUGACGACUGUGGCACUGGGGAACUACCUGAGCUCCCUGCUGGUCACCAUUGUUACUGGUUUGACCACCAGAGGAGGUAAGCCUGGGUGGAUUCCUGAUAACUUGAACUAUGGGCACGUGGAUUACUUCUUCUGGCUGCUGAUGGCCACAGAAGAGGAGGAAUUUCUCACCAAAGAUGGGACUGUGGAUUAUGAAGGGAAUCCUGCUGAUAAGAGGAAAACUGGAACCUGGAAGGCCUGCCCCUUCAUCAUAGGAAAUGAAUGCUGUGAGAGAUUGGCUUACUAUGGCAUGAGCUCCAACCUCGUGCUUUACUUCAAGAACAAGCUCAACCAAAGCAGCGCCACUGCUACCAAAAACAACUCUAACUGGGGUGGAACAUGCUACAUUACACCUCUCCUAGGAGCAUUUCUAGCCGAUGCUUAUCUCGGUAGAUACUGGACGAUUGCUGGUUUCUCAAUCAUCUAUGUUUUCGGGAUGACGCUUCUGACUAUGUCAGCAUCAAUGCCUGGCCUGAGACCAGCAUGUACUGCAGAGGACAAGUGCCAAUCCACUGAUGGCCAGAGCGCGGUUUUCUUUGUAGCUCUCUACAUGAUAGCUCUGGGAACGGGUGGGAUCAAACCUUGUGUGUCUUCCUACGGGGCUGACCAGUUUGAUGAUGCUGACACGGUUGAGAAGGAGCACAAGGCUUCUUUCUUCAACUGGUUCUACUUUUCCAUCAACGUUGGUGCCUUAAUUGCUAGCUCUGUGCUGGUUUGGGUCCAGGACAAUGUGAGCUGGGGAUGGGGUCUUGGGAUUCCAGCCAUGGCGAUGGCGAUUGCUGUUGUUAGCUUCUUUUCAGGUACUCGAAAGUAUAGGUAUCAGAAACCUGGAGGCAGCCCUCUCACGCGUAUCUGUCAGGUGAUGGUGGCCUCCUUCAGAAAGUACAGAGUUAGUGUCCCCGAUGACAAAUCCCUCCUCUAUGAGAUUGCUGACUCUGAAUCCAACAUCUCCGGAUACCGAAAACUUGACCAUACCGAAGACUCUGUGGAAACAGAGAAAGACCAGAUAAAGGAGGCAGCAAUCGACCCAUGGAGGCUCUGCACCGUAACCCAGGUGGAGGAAUUCAAGGCAAUCAUCCGCCUGCUCCCCAUCUGGGCGACUGGGAUAGUGUCCGCUGCAAUGUACAGCCAAAUGGGCAACCUCUUUAUCCUCCAAGGGGACACAAUGGACAAGCGAUUGGGCCACUCCAAGUUCAAGAUCUCAGCAGCGAACGUCUCGGUGUUCGACACACUCAGCGUCAUCUUCUGGAUCCCAAUCUACGACAGGAUCAUCGUUCCGGCUGCCAGGAAAUUCACGGGCCACAAAAACGGGUUCACCCAGCUCCAACGAAUGGGAAUCGGGCUCGUCAUCUCCACCUUCUCCAUGGUCUGUCCGGCGAUCCUGGAGCUCAUCAGGCUGAGGAUGGUGAGGAAGCACAACUAUUACGACCUCGACUCGGUCCCCUUCUCCAUAUUCUGGCAGGUCCCGCAGUAUUUCCUGAUGGGCUGCGCUGAGGUGUUCACCAACAUUGGGCAGCUGGAGUUCUUCUACGAGCAGGCGCCAGAUGCAAUGCGGAGCUCGUGCUCGGCCCUUUCCUUGACGACUAUAGCGCUGGGGAGUUACCUGAGCUCCCUGCUGGUCACCAUUGUUACUGGUUUGACCACCAGAGGAGGGAAGCCUGGGUGGAUUCCUGAUAACUUGAACUAUGGACACGUGGAUUACUUCUUCUGGCUGCUGGCGGGUCUGAGCUUCGUCAACUUGGUGGCAUUUGUGGUAAUUGCUAGACGUUAUACCUACAAAAAGCCAGUGGGUACAUUGCGUUAG